GCACCCGCGACGCGAUUAGAGCGCACGCGUGUCCGGCUGUCAAAACUCCCGCCAAAAAAGCACAUUGAAGUGAAACGGAAAGUUAUUACGUGCAGUGUUUAUUUUUGUUCUUCGUUGGUGACCAAGGUUUUCCUAAAGAUACAAAGGAUUUCUUCUAUCCAUUUGACGCUUGAAGAAUGCGGGGAAACUGAACAAGUUUCGGGUUGAGUUUUCUGUAGAAUUUACUGCAAAAGUAACAGAAAAUGUCGUCAGCAGCGGAGAACGGUGUCGGCGACGAAGCUCGCGGCACGACCUAUUUCUUUUCCAGACCUAGGUCAAGCGCGUCUCUACGGCAGAGGAUCAGCUUGUUUUUGUCUAUAUAUUGGAAGGCGUUAGUUGUCGUUCUGGCGCCGGUUUUGUUGCUGCCUAUACCGCUUUUAAAUGACGGACCAAAAUUCAGAUGCAUGUACGUAGUUCUUAUAAUGGCCAUAUACUGGGUCCUCGAACUUCUACCUCUGCCAGUCACCUCCAUGCUGCCCAUCGUACUGUUCCCUACUAUGGGAAUUUUGGAUUCUGACAAGACCUGUGCAGCAUAUAUGAAAGAGACAAAUAUCAUGUUCCUCGGUGGUCUAAUGAUUGCCGCUGGUGUUCAGCAUUCUAAGCUGCCGAGAAGAGUUGCUUUAUGGACUGUUCAAGUUGUUGGCUGUUCGCAUAGAAGAUUGAACUUCGGUCUUACUUUCGUAACAAUGUUCAUAUCAAUGUGGGUGUCCAAUGCGGCCGCUACCACCAUGAUGGUUCCUAUCGUAGAAGCUAUCUUAGAAGUAUUAGAACAGCAAGGACUUGGUGAGGUGUACGUGAACAGGAAGAAGGCAAUAGAAAAUGGCAAGGAGAACGGGAAGCCCGUUGAAACGAAGACCGGUGAUGAUGAACCCCUAAUGCCGAGCAAUAUUACAAUUUGCUACUACCUAAGCAUCGCUUAUGCAUCAACUUUGGGAGGCUGCGGCACGCUCGUCGGCACUGCGACCAACUCAGCUUUUAAGGGAAUCUUCGACUCCGAGUUCCCAGCACUGGGCCAGUCAGUAAACUUCUUCUGGUUCAUGGCGUACAGCACUCCACCAAUGUUGAUCAUGCAGUUCCUCGUUUGGACCGCGUUGCAAAUCACUUACAUGGGCCUUUUCAGACCAAACAGUGAAGCGGCUAAGAAGGUGUCCCUGGCGAGUAGUGGCUCUGCCACCACGAUGAAGGUCAUCAAGGAGAGGUACAGGAGCCUCGGACCUGCCACUUUCCACGAGAAGGCAUCUGGUAUGCUGUUCCUGCUGGCCGUGUUCAUGUACAUCUUCCGCAAGCCCGGCUUCAUGCCAGGCUGGGCUGACGUCAUGACAACCAUGAAAGUUAAAGAUGGCGUCGUGUCGAUGUUCAUUAUUAUAAUGAUGUUCAUCCUUCCCAUGAGUCUCGACUUCUUAAAGUUCUUCUCGGCUUCUUCGUCUUGUAAUUCAACACCGUCAAUACCUAUUAUUGCAAGUUACGACGUUUUGGUUUUUAAAUUGAAAUAUCAAUCAUUGUUCCUGUGUGGUGGUGGCUUCGCACUGGCAGAAGGCAGCAAAGCGACCGGUCUGUCGUCUAUGAUCGGGGCUUCCUUGAAUGGUUUGCAGGGCAUGCCCAACUGGGUGGUACUCCUCGCUGUUGUCCUGGUAACGCAGUUCAUCACCGAGUUCACUUCCAACGUGGCCAUUGCUAACCUUAUACUGCCAGUUUUGGCUAAUAUGGCGCGUACGCUGAACAUCGAUCCUCGCUACCUGAUGAUCCCCGCGACGCUGGCUUGCUCUAUGGCCUUCCACAUGCCUGUGGGCACCCCGCCCAACGCCAUCGUCGCCGGCGUCGCCCACAUCCCCACUGCCAAGAUGGCGAUUGGCGGUAUUGGCCCUAAGCUGGUCACAACACUCAUAGUAUGGGGCGCUUAUCCCACGUGGGGCAGGCUGAUCUUCCCCGAAGAACCUUUAGUCGAAGAAACACCAAUGACUGACAAAAGUGUUGCUCUUAAUUGUAGUACGACACUCCAUAGCAUUCUGGCAAAUAAGUCUGUAACAAGACUAGAUUGCAGUCUACCCAAAGGACUUAAAGAUGUAAAUAUGACAGAUAUAAAUCUUGCCAGACAAGGUAAGUUCGUAUGCGAUUUCUUCCCGAAAGUGGAAAGGAAAUAGAUACAUAGAUACUCUUCUAUUUGAACGCCAAAAAACGAGUUUUUAUUUAUUUUUAUUAAUUACGUUGUGUAUUUCUGAGUCUCAGGAUAUUACGGGCUUUGAAAUAAUUGGAAUAUUUUUGAAAUUUCCUAACGCCAUUUUGAAUUUUGACGGUCUGGAAUGUUUGCUUCUACAGUGUUGCCAGCGAAGAAUUUUCUGCGACUAUAGCAUUUUACCGUUUUUAUACCUUUGACGCAUUUAUAUGUUUUUUUUUGCAAUGAAAUAUAUAUUUUUGAAAUACAAAUUAAAUAUUAAAAUAGACGUGAUGCGGAAAAAGCGGGUGCGGACUUUUAUACUCUUUAAGUUUGUAGGAAGCAGAAAACGUAUAAAUUAAUAUAUUUUUUCAUAGAACACAUAUUUGAUUGAAAUCCCAGAAGGACUGGGACGUUCCUAGAUUACUUAGGUUUAGUUUUUGUCGAUCUGAUUGGUCACUAGAAUGCGAUUAGAGAAUCAAUAAAGGAAAUUGCUUAAUUUAGAGAAAAAGUAAAAGUUAAUAACUAUAUUGUUUAGGCUGUCUUUUUCUAUGUGGUCUAUAAAUGUCCUAUUGUUACAUAUCACGUGAUUUUAAAGCCAUUUGAUUGGUUUGUUUGUUUUUCGUACGGAAUAAAUCGAAUUAACGCCUAAAUGUCCUGCUGUUACAUAUCACGUGAUAUUAAAGCCAUGUGAUUGGUCCGUUUGUUUCUCGUAAGGGAAUCAUAAAACGAAUUAAUACUGAGAAAUGCCAAGUCAAAAUGAACAAUUAUUGGUUAAAAGUGUAGCCACGUUCAACAAGAUCAUUGUUAAAAUUCUAAACGCAUAUUGUGAUACUAAUAUUUUGUUAUUGUGUAGUAAAAGGAAAAUAAUAAUAGAAAAAUUAUGUAAUUUUCAUAAGUGCCUUAUGCCGUGAUGUUUUUAAGUUGAAAGUUGUUUAUCAGUAAUAAUAUUUUUUUAAAUUAAUUCUUACAACGAAUUUAAACUUUAUCCGUUGUAUAAAGAAAUGAAAUUCUGAGUGUUUUACAGUGCUGCCAACUAAUCUUUGGUUUGGUAGAAAACGGAAGUAGCACUACCACAUUGAGAAUUAACUACCAGUUAUUAUGAUGAUGGCAACACUGCAUAGGCGUGAGGGCGCGUUCCGUUAAGUUUAUCGUCAACGUGUAGACAACUUUGAACAAGUUUAUUUAAAUAUAGAAUCCACGACACUAUACACUGCACGACUAUCUGUCGUCACGACAUAAAAGGAACGCGCCCUUAGAGACACAAUUUUGUGCUAAAGAUAAGGCGCUUAGUGACAAUUUUUUUUUAAGAAUUAUUCAUAGUAUAAACCAAUAAAUAGUGCUAACAUCAACAUGAUUGUUACUGAUAAAUAAUUCUUAUUGCAUUUUGAUAUUUGA